AUGUUAACUGAUAAGAACCGAGGCUUGAUAAUUAGUAGGAGCAAUGUCAACAUUGGACCAGAUAAUGAUGAAGCAGAUAGCGAUGCUAGUUAUGUGGACAACGAUGGAACAGAUAAUGACGAUAGCGGUGGAGUAGAUAAUGACGACAGCAAUGGAACAGAUAAUGACGGCAACGAUGGAAUAGAUAAUGCCAACGGCGAUGGAGCAGAUAAUGAUACUGAAACUGGUGACGACACCGAUGGAACAACAGAUGAUGAUGGAAAUGACAACACUUAUCAAUUUGGUGAUUAUGGUUCUUCAAUUAAUAUUGGCCUAAUUGGGGUUGUAAAUUUUGUUUCGUUAUCUGUACAAGAUGUUGGGAACGAGAUGAAUUCCUAA